GAUUCUAAAAGGAUCCAAAAGACGACGUCGCACGCUUCUCUUUCUCCUCCAAACGAUCUUUCGCCGCCGUGUUCUUCCCUCUCCGGCGGCGGCGAAGAUCACAUUACCAAUCUCCAGGUCUUUCAAAACCGUCUCUUUCUCCAAAAGGAUGACUUCGGUCCGAAAACCAGAGAAAUUCUCAACGGACUUCGCCAUGGGAGGCGCAGCAGCCAUCGUCGCCAAAUCCGCAGCCGCCCCCAUCGAAAGAGUGAAACUUUUACUCCAAAACCAAGGAGAAAUGAUCAAAACAGGACACCUCACCACACCUUACUCAAGCCUCUCCAACUGCUUCCUCAGAAUCUUCAAAGAAGAAGGUGCUCUCUCCUUCUGGAGAGGAAACCAAGCCAACGUCAUCCGCUACUUCCCUACACAGGCUUCCAACUUUGCGUUUAAAGGUUACUUCAAGACCCUCCUCGGAUACUCCAAGGAGAGAGACGGUUACUUCAAGUGGUUCGCUGGGAAUGUAGCUUCUGGAAGCGCUGCUGGUGCCACGACUUCGUUGUUUUUAUACCAUUUGGACUACGCGAGGACACGUUUGGGCACUGAUGCGAAGGAGAGCUCGGUGAAUGGGAAGAGACAGUUUAGAGGGAUGGUUGAUGUGUACCGUAGGACUUUGUCUAGCGACGGUGUUAAAGGGCUUUACCGUGGCUUUGGGGUUUCGAUAGUGGGGAUCACUCUUUACCGGGGGAUGUAUUUUGGGAUGUAUGAUACCAUCAAACCCAUUGUGCUUGUUGGUUCCUUGGAGGGAAACUUUUUGGCUAGCUUUUUGUUGGGUUGGAGCAUUACUACCUCUGCAGGGGUCAUUGCGUACCCUUUUGAUACGCUAAGGCGGAGGAUGAUGCUUACGUCAGGGCAGCCUGUGAAGUACAGGAACGCUGUUCAUGCGUUGAGGGAGAUAAUGAAAACGGAAGGGUUCUAUGCGCUGUAUAGAGGAGUUACUGCGAACAUGCUUCUUGGAGUAGCGGGAGCUGGAGUGCUUGCGGGGUAUGAUCAGCUUCACCGGAUUGCUUAUAAGCAUUGGGUUGUUCAGUAGUUUUGAACCAAGAAGUUGAAACUCUCCGGUGGAGAAAAGAAAAGGUCAGUAAAACACCAAGAAGUGUUGCUUACAUUACAAUGUGUUGUGUUGAUUAACAGAAGGUCGGAAUCAUUAAUGGGUUUAAAAAAGAUGGAAGAUAGGGAAAAUUGUUGAUAAUUCUUUUGUCAUAUACAUUGUUGUUUCAGUAAUCUAUGAAAAGGAAAAGCCUCUUUGCUUUUA